AUGUUCGUCCUGCAAGCGGGAGGCGAAGAGGCAGCUGAGUCCAGGGAGGGACAAGCUCCGCCCACAGCUCGGCCUGUCACAAACUGGGCGGUGCGAAAAAGCACUCGUCACACAGCCGGGCCGGAAACUCACAAGAGACAGGAGCUGAAGCCGGAAUUUUCCCAGGAUGAAGCAGAAUGGCAAGCGGUCGCACAACAAUUUUUAGAUUACUGGAACUUCCCAAACUGUGUUGGUGCUAUAGACGGUAAACAUGCUCUUUCCUUCGGUAGUGGUUCCCUAGUGAAACUUAACAAUGGAGGCUACGAAGAUAUAGUCUUUGCAAUCAAUCCUGGAAUCCCUGAAAAUGCAAAAAUUAUUGACAGCAUAAAGGACAUGAUUAACGAUGCAUCAAAUUAUUUAUUCCAAGCAACACAAAACAGGCUGUUCAUACGGAGUGCAAAAAUAUUAAUACCAUUUACCUGGUCAAAGAAAACAUAUGAAAAAGUUAGAACAGAAACAUAUGAUAAGGCAGAUGUUCUCAUUGCUGCACGACACGUGAGUUAUGGAGAUGACCCAUACACAUUACAAUAUGGACAGUGUGGCGAAAAAGGCCGAUACAUUCAUUUCACCCCUGAGUUCUUAAUAGAUAACAAACUGAUCUCUGUAUACGGAGCACGAGGAAGAGUAUUCGUUCAUGAAUGGGCUCAUUUGAGGUGGGGCGUCUUUGAUGAAUACAAUAAUGAUGUUCCCUUCUACAUUUCAAGUGGUCUUACAAUAGAAGCUACAAGAUGUCCAGUUGGACUUAAUGGUAUUUACCAGGAAGAAAAAUGUACCGGUGCCAAAUGUAAUUGCAACAUUAAUGGAAAUACUGGACUAUAUGACGACAGCUGUGCUUUUCUACCUGAUAAAAGUCAAGCUUCUAAAGAAUCUAUAAUGUAUUUACAGGCACUGAGUGAUGUAACUGCAUUUUGUGACGGCACUAAUCAUAAUGCAGAGGCACCAAAUUUACAGAACAGGAUGUGCAACUACCGCAGUACAUGGGAUGUGAUCAAGAGCUCCACUGAUAUUAUUUCCACACCACCAGCAACUGCCACAAUUCCUGUACCCACCUUCUCAUUGCUGCAGGCUUCAGACCGAGUGGUGACUCUAGUACUUGAUGUCUCAGGAAGCAUGGGCGGUGCUAAUCGCAUUGGAAGGCUGUACCAGGCUGCAGAAGUAUUUCUCAUUCAGAUUGUAGAACAAGGAUCAUAUGUUGGAAUUGUUAAAUUUGAAAGUGGGGCUACAGUACUUUCUUCAUUAGUUCAAGUAAUUGGUGAUCAGCAACGAAACCAACUUAAAGCACUUCUUCCUCGGACAGCAGGUGGAGGAACAAAUAUUUGUUCUGGACUAAUGAAGGGAAUUGAUGUAAAUAAAGGAACCCAGGAUAAGUCAUCUUAUGGUACAGAACUUGUUUUGCUAUCAGAUGGAGAAGAUUCAAGCUUCCCUACUGCCUGCUAUUCUAAUUUAAUAAGCAGUGGGGUAAUAAUUCAUGUGAUAGCUCUAGGACCAAGUGCUGCCGCGGCACUCGAACAAGUUACAGAAGCAACUGGUGGAUUAAACUUUUAUGCCUCAGAUAAUCUUGAUGCCAAUGGUUUGAUUGACGCAUUUAGUGCAAUGAAGUCUGGAAGUGGAAAUGAAAUUGAUCAAACUAUUCAGCUGGAGAGCACUGGAGCAUCAAUCCCACCGUCAGACUGUCUAAAAGGCACUGUUUUUAUUGAUAAAACAGUGGGAAAUGAAACCUUCUUCUUGGUAACCUGGCAGUCUGCUGUACCCAGUAUUGACUUGGUGAAUCCAAAGGGAGUGUUAUACACUGCAAAACACUUCACAAAUGACACAGCCACAAAAGCUUCCAGGCUUCAGAUUCCAGGAACAGCAGAGAUAGGACCCUGGCGCUACACUGUUUGCAAUCUUCUUACAGCGAGUCAAGCUAUUGGCAUAACUGUGACUUCCAAAGCUGUAAACAAAGAUGUGCCCCCAGUUACUGUAAAUGCACAUAUGGAUAAAGAUGCUAAUGACUACCCAAAACCAAUGGUUGUAUAUGCCUCUGUUAGUCAAGGGUUUGUGCCAAUAAUAAAUGCAAAGGUCACAGCAAUCAUUGAACCAACAACCGGAGCUCCAUUUCUUUUAGAUCUUCUGGAUAAUGGGUCAGGUCCUGACAUUGUUAAGAAUGAUGGUAUCUACUCAAGAUAUUUAACCGCUUUCACGGUUAAUGGAAGAUACAGUUUAAAAGUCCAUGUUGAAAGUAGGGACAAGAAAGCUCGAUUGGCACUGCCCCGAAAUCGUGCCCUGUAUGUCCCAGGCUACGUAGAUAAUGGUCAAGUCAUUAUGAAUCCUUCAAGGCCAGAAAUCAGUGAAGAGGAACUAAAUGUAGGAUUAUUCUCUAGAGCUGCAUUAGGUGGUUCAUUUGUGGUAUCUAAGGUGCCUUCAGGUUCCAAACCAGACAUCUACAAGCCUGAAAAAAUAACCGACUUGGUAGCAAAGAUAGAAGGAGACCAAAUUGGGUUAUCCUGGACAGCAACUGGUGAUGAUCUGGACCAGGGCAAUGCUACCAUGUAUGACUUAAGAAUGAAUGUGAAUCCUAAGGAUCUCAGAGAAAAUUUUAACGGCUCAGUGAAAGUGGACAUCAAUCACGUUACACCUCUUCCUUCUGGAUCUACUGAAAUGUUCACAUUUGUACCAGAAAAUGUAGAUAUCAAGAAUGGGACUAUCCUGUACUUUGCCUUGAUUGCUAUUGAUAAAGUGGGUCAUAGAUCUGAUCUGUCUAAUGUAGCCCAAGCAGCUCUUUUCAUUCCUCCAACACCUGAACCUCCUCCACCAUCUGAACCACCUUCAAACGACAAUCCAGAUAACCAAAAUUCAGUAGUAUUGCUGACACUGAUAGUAUGUUCAGCAGUUAUCGUCAUCUGUAUUAUUAUAAGUAUAACUGUCUGUUGUGUGAGCUGUCAUAAGAAGAAAAGGAAGCCAGAAAUAAGAAUCUGA